GCGUGCGUCGUUUAUUUACAACUCGUUGGUAUUUAUGGGAGCGUCUUUUUUACCACUGUUUUUUCGUGUCGGGAUGAUGCGUCAUCGGGAGAUCAGCAGUGUGUUAUCAGAUUUGUUUUCGACGUGAGUUGUUUCACCAUCGAUGGGUGGAUCUGCUUCGAGGGCCGGAUCGACGCUCUCGUAGCCGGAGCCCUGAUUCGGACCGCGACGUCCGACAAGAAACCGAUUGCCCUGGAAUCGUGCUGACCGAGUUAGCGCUCGCAGCGUCUCGCUAGCCGAAACCCCAAUCCGCGGGCACGACUUAGCCCCCUUUAAAGGUCACGAUGAUGCACCAUCCGAUCUCGCAAGUGUCCCUGUCGAGCACCUCUUCCGUGCUGUCGGCCGAGAAAUCGGCGCAGCAGCUGCAACAGGAAAAGGCAGAGCGGGACGAGAGGUAUGCGGUCCUGACGGCCAGGAAGGAGGCCCUGGAGAAGAAGAUCAGGGAGAAGAACGAUGAGCUGAAGCGGCUUUGCGUGCAGGAGGCUGAGCUGACGGGCCAGCUGCCCCUUGAGACCCCCCUGGAGCCCGGGGAGACGCCGCCGCACUUUCGCCGAAGGGUCGGCACGGCCUUCACCAUCCCUGAAGUGCUCAUAGACAAACUCACGUCGGAUGAGGAGCAAACACUAGCGGCGUUGGAGCUUGAGUACAAAAUCCUGAGUCAGAUCACAUGUGCUGCGAUGCGGAUGGCUUCGGACGUGAGCCUGAAGCGGUCGUUGCGUCGCCAAAGAAGAUUAGAGUACCAGCAACACAGCAAGAGACUGACCGAUCUUGAGAUGAGGCUCAACGAGGCGCGCAAGAACCAUAAGCACCGAAAGAAGCCACGGCCCAUCAGUGACACAGUGGGAAUGGAGGGCUCAGCGGCGGACAAGGAGCCCAAUGAGGGAGGCUUUGGGGGCACCAACUUAACCAAGUCUGUCCGGAGCUACAGCGCUUCGGACAGACCGCCGAGCAGCAGUAGUAGUAGUUUAAGCCACCAACAACACCACCACCACCACCACAAUCACUUGCACGAUAGCACGAAGCAGCACCACUACCUCAAGUCAGACAGCCCUGAUUUUAGAUCGCACAGACAGCACCUGCAGAGGCUUAGCAGUGGCGGCUAUAUCAGCAGCCACCACCAGCACGCAAUUUGCCAACGCAAAAGUCCCACCAAUCAUUACCAGACACUCACUGGCACGCCGUCCGAGCUGGAUCAGCUCUCAAGACACGACACAGCCUUCCUCGUGUCACACAACAACUUCAGUCCUUUCAUGCCACUUGACUCGUCGUACAAGUAUCUACACAGCCACACUGCCCGUCCGGCUGCCUCUCAAAACUUCCUGGAUGAGAAUGAUCCUUUGGAUGUGUCGCCUGUCCGCAGACCCAGCCUGGAAAGCAGGUCGUCAUCGUCAAGGUGGAAAUCGAACAGAUGUGGAAGCCUGGACCGCAAGAAGAAAAUGGCGAAGAGUAGCCCGAACUUAGACACUGAUAGCCUGGAGGUGAUGCUUCCUGAGGACGUUGUGGACCGGCCAAACUUGGUGAUGACGAGUACGCGGCCCAAGACCCUGAAGCGGGCCGUGACAAAGCAACUGCAAGCGCAUGCCCACCACUCCCACCUGCCACCGCCGGUGCACCAGCGGCAAAAGAGCGUCAAGGAGACGUGGACGCCGCCCCCGCAGCCGCGGCUCAAGGAGCGAACCCCACCUGCCGCGGAGGCCCUGCUGCCAGGACAGACCUACCCAGAGACCGGUUACGGGCAUGUGGCAGUCGAGAGGGCGCGCGCCGCGUCCGGCAGCCUCACACGGACACAAUCCUUAGGUGCCGUGUCAAGCGCGUCGUCGAGCCGGUCGGCGGACAGCCGCAGCAUUAGGGACAUGUACCCGGCUACUUCAUACACACAGCAGCAGCAGCAGCAGCAGCUGCCGCCGCCCAAGAGGCACCAGCAACCUCCGCCACCCCCACCGCCCCCAGAGCGGCCGCCGUCGCGACGGCCCUUAGAGGCGGCCAAGGAGUCAACCGGUCUGAGCGGCUCGUUCAGCAGCCUGCACCUGAGCCACGAGACGGCGGCAGCGUCGCCUAUGGGCAGCGUCUGCUCAUGCGGCUCGAGUGAACUGCGCAAGGGCGUCGAGGGCCAGGAGGCUUUUGAGACAGUGGUGCCGUUUGAGUCGCCCAAGAACCACAUGGUGAUUCAGGCUGGCAUGUGGCAGCCCUACCGCGAAGAGAGCAAGCCCUUCGAGAUGUCCGACUUUUACAAGUACAGCACCAAAUUCCGCAAGGCUAAGCCGGCGAAUGACAAACAGCAGCCGCUGCACCUGCGACUUGAAGAAGAGGCCACGGUCAGCCUGCCAAAGAUGCUGCCCUCGCCCACGCCCUCCAUGUCGCCGCAGCAUAAGGGCGUCUACCAGCCCCUGCAACCCAUGACCUGCCAACCCGUCGGCCCCAACAAGGCCCUCUCCCCGGAGCUCCCAGCAAAGCAGCUUCAUCAGAAGUAUUCUACCUCCAAAACAAUAUUCACAGCCCAGUAUUAUGAGAAUUCUGAAUCAGCGAUCAUUGAGAGCGUCCAACUUAAUUCAUUGCCGAGCAACUGUCGAAAAGAUGAAAAAAGAGCAAAGUAAUGUCACCAAACCUGAGUUUAAACAUGUCCAACGGCGAGUCGUUGGCGGACGCCUUCUCAACGGAGAUGCUGGCCUGGUACCAAGACAAGAGUUCAGUGCCCAGGUCGGCUACCCUCGUGUGAUGAACAAAUAAGUGUGCCUUGCGCUGACUUGGGACAGGUCAAACCUGGACCUGAGCCAAAAAAAUCAGAAUAAGUGAUACAGUGUCUUUUUACUCGAUGUGCCUGCCUCUUUUAGAGAAUCCAUUGUACAUAGCAAUACUCGGCCAGCCCCUGCUGUGAAUGGGGGCGUCCGUGCCUUGUUUCUUUUUUGACGUGGACCACUUUGGAAACAAGAGCAAUUUUUGCUCAAGUCUAGUUCGUAAGGGUAGGAAAUUUAUCCAAAAGGUGCAAACAUUCCAGGGUUGUUCUCAAGUGGCCUUAUUACUUACAAGACGCAUACGAGCUUUGAAGAAGUGAAACCAGAAAAAUGCGACCUUAAUUUUUUGUCAUGGUACUGGUGGUUUCCACAGGACCGCAUAUUUCUUCUUUACUACACAGGAGAUCAUUGUUCUGAAACUAGUCAGAAAUUACUUUUUAAUCAUUUAUUAUUUAUGUGAAAUCGGAAUUUAAACGUUUCGACUAGAACACUGAUGUUGUUGCUUGGGCAUGUUGGAAUUUGGUUUUUCUUUGGUGGCAAUCAAUCAUCACAUUCUGACAAAAAUGUGAUCCCUUAAUUAAUAUUUGUAAAUAUUUUGACUGGACAAAAGCACAAAAAUAUCCCAUAAAUAAAUUACAACACUUUAUUCUUGAAA